AUGGUGAAAGAGCUGUCGAACAAUAACAAUGAGCUUUUCGAGAUUUGCCGUAAGAAUGACCUCGAGAAGUUGCAGUAUUGGUUGACGCUAAAAAGGAGUAAACGGCCGAGGACACCGCUGAAUUUCCUUCGAUCAACCACCCCGAACUCAGCAUGGCUCGCAGCGAUCCGCGAUCCCAACUCUCAAUACACCGUUCUGCACACCGUCGCUUUACACGGCUAUGAGGCUGUCUGCCAAACUCUCAUCGAAAGCGACGUGCAGCUUUGCUCAGCCAAAGAUAAACGCGGUUGUUUACCGCUUCAUUUGGCCGCCUGGAAUGGCCAUCUUGGAAUUGUGAAACUCCUCUGCGAGGCAGCCCGUUCGACAAUCGAUUCUCCGAACAAUGCCCAAGAAACAGCGAUGCAUCUAGCUGCUCAACACGGCCACUCUAGGAUUGUGCAAAUGUUGAUCGAUUACGGAGCUGACGCUAGCGUUCGAAAUGCUCGUUGUGAGACCCCGUUGGACAUUGCGGCCAGGACAGGGCACGCGUCGGUGGUGAAAAUACUCGUCACCCUGUGCCCGGAUCUAGCGCUACAGUCAGCCGUCGAGUGCGCCUCAACAGCUGAAAAUGGUCGCUCAGCCCCGAUGGUUGUUUAUCCAAUUCACGCAGCUGCAAGGCAUUCACAUAUUCAAUGUCUACAAAUGCUCAGAUUUGCUGGCUUUGAUCUUAACUAUGUGACUGAUGAGGGAAGCGCCCUUCACGUGGCUGCAAUGUUCGGACAAAUCGAGGCCGUCAAGUAUUUGAUCGAAGAAGGCAUCAAUCCGCACAUCAAAGAUUCGCGUGGUCGAUCGGUGUUGGAGAUGCUGGACGAGCACGAGAAUCAGCGAGCCUCCGAUCUCACGCAAGUCAUUCAGAGUCGAGACGGGUGGCGACAUUGUCGACGAUUGAUACAGACCUACAUUCAAAAAUGUGGUCAUUUGAACUCGUCAAGCGACAGUGGAAUCGAUCGUCCUGACGCUGAUCGUUCGCCAAAAGAAGUUAUUUGGAGACCCUUGCCCAGCACGAGUAGAGCCGCCAAUGACGCAACGCGAUCAAAUAAAUCAGCGUCACCAUCCUCAAAUUUUCGUCCGCCAUCGAUUCGAGCUGAAUUGAUCGAUCUCGAUCAAAUUGAAGACCCAAAUAGCACAAUAUCGAUAUCGACAAAGGAUGAUCAAGAUUCUAUAAGUCAAAUCUCACCCUGUUCCACCAAUUAUUCAACGGGCUCAAGAUGGAGCUCGAGGAUGAGCGAUGGGAGAACGCCAAGAUUUCCCCUCACUUCGCCGAACACAAAAUCUCGUCACUCGAGCGUAAAACGCUUCCCGGAGACGAUGCCCGCAUCGAUGAGCAUCGCCAGGACAAACACUUUACCGACAAGGGCUUCGAUUUUGCCAGUGUCAAAUGGUGCUAGCUGCGUUUACAAGCCGCCGCCUGGUGUCGAGCCGAAACGAGUGCUGCAAAGUGAUGGCACAUCGCACACUUAUAAUCCUGGAUUCUCGUAUGAUAAUGUACCGUCGAAUAGGCAAUGGGUUCAUGACUGUAAUGACCCGCGAGAGUUGGGCCUUCCACCGGCAAUCCGCGCGAUUCCCACGAGAUCCGACGGAACGCAGACACUCCCAGCACCGAGAAACCGAAAUCGACCAAAUGUUCUCCAAACGUUUUCCUCGAUUCAAGAAGAUCCAAUAGCUCCAGUGAGCUUUACGGAUCGUCCACUUCACGAGACUUCUCCGAGCUACGGUCGAUCAGUCACCCAAUUGAAUGGCACUUUGGAGAAAAAUCGCGAGGGAUCGAUCACGUCAAAUGGAAGUGUCGAGAGGAAAAUUGGUCCAGUCACCAAGCCGCCAGCUGUGCCGAAAAUCGUGGCUCGUUGGUCUCGGAACCUUGAUCGAGAGGAUUCUCUGGGCUUGGGUAACGUUUUGGACACAAGAGAGCCAUCAGUCUUCACAUUUGCUUGUUCGACACUUGGAAGACAAUCAAACUCCCCUCCAUCUGUUUCAUAUUCUGAUGGCAGAGCUCCUCUGGCAAUUCCCGAAGAAUUGACCCGUUCCACAUCCACAUCGAUCAUGUCAAAUAGCAUGUCACCUGAAAGAACAAUCAAUUCUUCAGAGAAGAGAAUCUCUAACACCGAGCAAAGCUCUGUGAGGACCGAGAGAAGUGUCGAGACAAUCCACGAUCCGAAACGGGAUCACUCCCUUUCGGAUACAAUUCGUCUCUCUUUCCCCCUCGAUUCCCAUCCUCAAUCCGAUCCUCCAUCACCGCAAACCAGUCAAUCACAAAUCUUCGAUGCACUUUGUGGAUCGGAAAGCUUCCGCGGGACGAGACGCAUUCCAUCGACCACCUCGAUGGGAAGUGAGAGCACGGCCGCAUCGACUUGCUCGCUGCCAUUGAUCAGCCAAAUCUCCACCACUCCACCGUCAUCGAGUAGCCCGCAAAAGGAGCCGUCGACGAAACAGAUUAGCACCGACACAAGCAGCUCGAUUGAGGUUAAAAUGAGAGGGAUCUCGUUGAAAGGAAUGAAUGGAUUAAACGGAAAUGAAACGGCUAGAUCAUUGAAUGAAACAGCUGAAUGGAAUAAGAUCAACGCGAUUCUCGGCUCAUUCGGCGGUGCUGUUUGUCGGGAGUCCGUGUUCGCCUCUCGUUACGAGCCCCAAGUGGCCGUUUUCCUUCGCGAUCGUCACUCUCGUGCUCUGACCAUCCAGAAGAAGCUCUGCUCCCCCUUUGAAAAGCCAUUGAGCGUUCCUGAUUGGUUAAACAUCGUUGUCGGUGUGCCACAGCCAAGAGCAAUCGAUGCGGGCAAAGUUCUCGUUGAUCGCGGCUUUGACAAGAGCAGCCAAAUGAAAAUCUCCCUCAACCGUGCACUCCUUCACGAGAUCGGCAUCGACAAAGUGACUCAAGGCGAGCUUCUCAACUAUUUGGAGACCAUCGACUUCGAGACAACUUCUGCAAAUUCAUUCAACUAUAUCUCCGACUGGUUGUGCUCUCUCGAAUUGACCGAUUAUUUGGGAAAUUUUCUUUCAAACGGCUUCAAAUCGAUGCUCAUCGUGCGCGCGGCCGAGUUGAACACGAAAAAGUUGAAUGAAAUGGGUAUCACAAAGCCUGGGCAUAUCCAUCGAAUUCUCGGCUCUUUGGCUCGCGCUCGCGACGAAGAGAAAAGGGAUACAAUGGAGAGGAAAGAGAAAUUGAAGAAACAGAUUGCUCUUGAGAAAAUGAGCUCUCCAAUUCCUCCACCGGGCGAUCAAAUCGAUUAUUCUCAAACGGCUACUUUCAGCGCUCAUUACUUGGGAAGUGUCGAGAUCUCGAAUAUUGAUGGAACUGAGGAAAGUCGACGAGCUAUGAAUAAAUUAAAGCGUCAAAUCCGAGAGAUCGCCAAGGUCCCACAGGUUCAUUUGGAGAUUUCAGUGGAUGGAGUGAAUGUGCAUGAUGCGACGACAAAACGAACGAUGACCUCUCAUCCGAUCAGUCAAAUUCAAAUCGUUUGCCAGGAUGAGCGAGAUCUCAACUGUUUUGCCUACAUUACCCAGGAUAUCGAUCGCAAUUUUGCGCAUGUGUUUUGCGUGUUGACAGCGGAUGUGGCCACGGAGAUCAUCAUGACAUUGGGCAGCGCUUUCGAGAUGGCCUACAAUCUCCAACGCACAAAACGGCGAUCACAAACAGAGCCCGAGAAUGGGCAAGGCUCUGUCGAAGAAAUCUCUGAUGUU